AUCUCCAAAUCGUUGACUUCAACCAUAGUACUGUUUGAAAAACUAGGCAAGUGACUCCACGACUAUGGAAGAUAUAUCAUGUUAACUUAAGUCAUCAUUUGCAAUGCCUGUGAGGCUUCACCCUCACCUUUCUGUCCGGUUUAACAUGGUGGACGCAGAUGAAAUCGCGAAGUUGUGCUACGAGCGCUUCAAGCAGCUUCCCCGGAGAGGGAAGCCUGAGACGGGGAGAGAGUGGACCCUGCUGGCCGCUGCGCUCAAACUCACCAGGUGUGUUCACUCUGACAAAGUUGAUAAGGAGGUCGUCUCCCUCGGAACUGGAACUAAAUGUAUUGGACAGACGGCUAUGAGCCCCAGCGGUGACGUUCUUAACGACAGUCAUGCAGAAGUCAUUGCCAGAAGGGGCUGCAUCAGGUACCUGACGUCAGAGCUGCACAGGGCUGUGAGCGGUGAAGACAGCUCUGUGUUCUGUCGGGGAGACGAGCGAGGGAAGUGGAAGCUUCAGCCUGGAGUUUCCUUCAUCUUCUUCACCAGCCACACUCCCUGUGGAGAUGCGUCAAUCAUCCCCAUGGCUGACAUCCAGUCUCAACCCUGUCCUGCUGUCACAUCUGCAAAGAGCCCAGAAGGGUCUGAUAAAGGCAGAGACCUGAAAAGGAAAGCUGAGGCCCCAAGUGAAGAGAGAAACACUAAAGUGUCCCAUCUAGAGGAACAGGAGACAGCCGAGACAUCAACAAGUGAAGAACCAUCACUGAGUCUCUCAAAAACACCUGAGGAAACCUUCUCACAAAAUCCAGCUCAGCUAGAGGUAGAAACCAGAGGCCUCUCUGACGACAGUGCUGGACUGCAUCCACAGGUGUCAGACGUUCACAGGACGGGGGCCAAGUGUGUCCCGGGGGGCCACGCGGACCCUCUGCACCCAGGGGCGGGGUACCACAGCGCAGGGAUGCUUCGGGUGAAACCCGGACGAGGAGAGCCGACUCUCUCCCUCUCCUGCAGUGACAAACUGGCUCGCUGGGGGGCGCUGGGCUUCCAGGGUGCACUGCUUUCCCACUAUCUGCAGGAGGCGCUUUACUUCAGCACCGUGGUGGUGGGGAAGUGUCCAUACAGCCAGGAAGUCAUGCAGCGAGCUCUGAUCACAAGGUGUUCCCGUGUGUCUAACCUUCCUGCUGGUUUCUCUGUGGUUGCACCUGAGCUGCUCCAAUCCAGCCUGGAGUUCCCGUUCAGUCAGGCUCAGACCGAGCUCCAGCACCAGGACGGAAAGGGCCGGAUCUCCCCCUGUGGGGCAGCCAUCAGUUGGUGUAAUGUGCCUGAGCAGCCACUAGAUGUCACUGCCAACGGCUACAAACACGGAGUCACCAAGAAAGCCCUCGGCACGGUCAAAGCCAGGUCUCUCCUGUGCAAACUGGAGCUUUUCCAUUCCUUCCUGUCUCUGGUAUCGGCCACUGACCCUGCAGCACGACCCGACUCUCUCAGGGGAGCAGAUCUGCGGACCUACUGGGACUACAAGAAGGCCUCUCAGGCUCACCAGCAGGCGUGGCAGCAGCUCCACAGCCAGGCCUUCCCGCUGUGGCCACGCAGCGACAGAAAUCUACUGCUCUUCCACUGAAAAGCCGAGGUGCCCUCGAUAGGAUCGAUGAAAAAGUGAAUUUUUUUUGCGGCAAGGAUCAAAGGGUUAAAGAACUGCUGGUCGGAGAGAGGAUUGGUCUAUCCUGGGCCUGUGAAACUCACAUUUUAAACAAAGGACGGCAGAAAAGGGUAAAUUAGAGAAAACCUGAAUCAUGAUCUUCUUUAUAUAAAUGGAUAAUUUGAUUUAUCUGAUUUUUUAAGAGUUAAUUUCCCAUCACCGGUUUGGUCAUCUGGUCAAUCUGGAUAAAUAUUAUUCGACUAUUUUUGACUUUCUCUCUGCUUAAAGCAGCAGGACAUUGUGCUCUGUCCUGCUGGUAAGAGAGGUCGAUGACCGCUCCUCAGUGUCCUCAGAUGAUGGCUUUAUUUUCACAAUGAGUGUAACAUGUUGUGAAUGCAGCUGCUAGGGGGUCACUCUCUACAGCCACAGCUGGACAUACCUGUGUGUG